AUGAUCAGCCGAGGGCGAAUCAAUAUUUACACGGCGGUGAAACUGCGUGAGACUCGAAACACUCAAGUUAGCAACCAAAUGAUUAGCCAAAGGCGAAUCUAUAUUUACACGGCGGUGAAACUGCGUGAGACUCGAAACACUCAAGUUAGCAACCAAGUGAUCAGCCGAGGGCGAAUAUAUAUUUACACGACAGAGAAAAUUCGUGAGACUCGGAACACUCAAGUUAUCAACCAAAUGAUCAGCCGAGGGCGAAUCAAUAUUUACACGACGGUGAAACUGCGUGAAACUCGAAACAGUCAAGUUAGCAACCAAAUGAUCAGUCGAGGGCGAAUCUAUAUUUACACGACAGAGAAACUUCGUGAGACUCGGAACACUCAAGUUAGCAACCAAAUGAUCAGCCGAGGGCGAAUCUGUAUUUACAGGGCGGUGAAACAUCGUGAGACUCGAAACACUCAAGUUAGCAACCAAAUGAUUAGCCAAGGGCGAAUAUAUAUUUACACGACAGAGAUACUUCGUGAGAUUCGGAACACUCAAGUUAUCAACCAAAUGAUCAGCCGAGGGCGAAUAUAUAUUUACACGGCAGUGAAACAUCGUGAGACUCGAAACACUCAAGUUAGCAACCAAAUGAUUAGCCAAGGGCGAAUCUAUAUUUACACGGCGGUGAAACUGCGUAUGACUCGAAAAACUCAAGUUUACAACCAAAUGAUCAGCCGAGGGCGAAUAUAUAUUUACACGACAGUGAAACUUCGUGAGACUCGGAACACUCAAGUUAGCAACCAAAUGAUCAGCCGAGGAGGAAUCUAUAUUUACACGGCUGUGAAACUGUGUGAGACACGAAACACUCAAUUUAGCAACCAAAUGAUCAGCCGAGGGCGAAUCUAUAAUUACACGACAGAGAUACUUCGUGAGAUUCGGAACACUCAAGUUAUCAACCAAAUGAUCAGCCGAGGGCGAAUCAAUAUUUACACGACGGUGAAUCUGCGUGAGACUCGAAACACUCAAGUUAGCAACCAAAUGAUCAGCCGAGGGCGAAUCUAUAUUUACACGGCAGUGAAAAUUCGUGAGACUAGAAAACCUCAAUUUAGCAACCAAAUGAUCAGCCGAGGGCGAAUCAAUAUUUACACGGCGGUGAAACUGCGUGAGACUCGAAACACUCAAGUUAGCAACCAAAUGAUUAGCCAAAGGCGAAUCUAUAUUUACACGGCGGUGAAACCUCGUGAGACUCGAAACACUCAAGUUAGCUACCAAAUGAUCAGCCGAGGACGAAUCUAUAUUUACACGGCAGUGAAACUUCGUGAGACUCGGAACACUCAAGUUAGCAACCAAAUAAUCAGCCGAGGUCCAAUCUAUAUUUACAAUACAGAGUAA